AGGAGGAAGUAAUUUUUUUGCGCACUCGGAGGGAAAGAAUUGAGCAGUGCUUCGCAAGGAAUGUACGUAGGACAAUGUCGGCGUGCUUCUGUGUGUCACUUCUGAUCAUCUUCUUCUGCUGCCUGUGCUGCUCUGGGCAGGUCCGCGCAACGUUAGAGGGUCCCACGGGCAGUGUGUGCACUCGGCAGGAGACUUACCUUGCGAGCUACCAGAUAGAAGAGCGAAGAAGAAGACAGCCUGCUACUGAUGUGUGGACGUAUGUCAGCGAGAUAUUUACUAACAGGCAUGGAAAAGUCCGCAGAGGUAUUCAGACCCUGUACGAGACACGCUACGAAACAAUCGAGGAAUGUUGCCAAGGAUGGGUCCCCGUGGGGAAUAUCUGCACAGCUACAUGUGCUGAUCCCUGUGGUGACCACGGCAGCUGUACUGCACCUGACACCUGUGCAUGUGAAAUAGGAUAUACCGGCAGACUCUGUGACGAAGAUAUUGACGAAUGCGAGUCUCGGAACGGCGACUGUGACCAACACUGCAUCAACACCGUGGGUUCGUACCGCUGCAGCUGUGACGAUGGCUACAAUCUUCUCAAUGGGAGAGAGUGCAAAGAGGUUGUGUGCAGGAUGCCUGUGGACCUUGUUUUCCUGCUGGACGGAUCGGGGAGCAUCACGGCGCCAAACUUCGAGAUAACCAAAAAUUUCGUCCAGAACACAACGAGCGACUUCCAAAUCGGUCCUGCCAACACCCUAGUGGCUGUAGUUCAGUACCAAUCUUCGCCACACGACGAAUUUCCUUUGAACCGAUACACAACAUUGGAUGAGCUUCUACCUGCCAUUAGAAAUAUAUCUUACCGAAGUGGUGGCACUCAGACUGGGUUGGCCAUAGACUAUGUCCUUGACAGCAGUUUGACGGAAUACAAUGGAGCCCGCCCGGGUGUGCCGAAGGUUGUGAUAGUGGUAACAGACGGACAUUCAGGUGACAGUGUUGUGGCGCCAUCUCAAAGAGCACAUCAGAGUGAGAUCAUCAUGGUGGCCAUUGGUGUCGGGUCAGGCUACAAUAUACAUGAGUUAAAGGAAAUCGCCACAUCGAAUGUCACCCUCGGUACGGUGUCAGACUUCGCGCUGCUGGAGAAACUGAAGGACGACAUUCUCCCCACAGUCUGCGAACAGAUCCCGGAUGUUGAUGAGUGUGAUCAGCCAGACAGAGGCGGCUGUGAGCAGAAGUGUCACAACCUGCACGGCUCGUACUACUGCACAUGUGACGACGGCUACACACUGGCUGAAGACAGGCAUUCCUGUGAUGACAUUGACGAAUGCCCGGCCCCAGGCUGCCACGUCUGCAUGAACGUUCCCGGGUCCUACCGCUGUACCUGCCCGCAGCGGCACAGGCUGGUCAACGGCAAGGAUUGCAGAGAUGAAGACCUUUACCCGUACGGUGAGGAGGUGGGGAGGGGUCCGGUGGAAUGGGACUACAGAACCUGCCUGAAGAGAGAGCUUCCAGCUGAGGGCUUCCGCUUCUUUGACCAGCGACACCACAAUAUACAUGUAUGCCACAAUGGGAUAGUCGCAUUUACCAAGAUCCAGCCGCCAGUUUGGCCGACCAAGCUCAGAGACAGGGAGUGGUGGAAGACCCCAGUCAUAGCGCCAUUUCUAGCCAAGUCUCGUCCUUACGUCUCGCGAGACCUUCACGAGAGCAGACGUACCAAGAUAUACUUCGAGAUCUACGAAAAAGGCGAUGGAAAUCCAAACACUACAGCCAUCCUCGAUAAAGCCCGGGUCCAUGGGAGAUCUGCACCGAAGUUUUAUAAUCCAGACUAUGAGCCGGUGUGGGUUCUUGUGACCACCUGGACCAACAUCGCUCCAGACUGCAGCACGUUCGUGAAGAGUCAAUGUCCGGUGGACAAGAACAAACUACCUUUAAACCGGUUUCAACUCGCCCUGUCAACAGACGGAAAGUAUUCGUAUGCAACCUUCAUCUACCCAGCAAAGACCAUCGAAUGGGCAUCUCCAGACGAACUUCAGACAUUCUCGAAAGAGUUCCCGACGGCCAUCGCAGUGGCAGGCUACAGCGCAGGAGACGGGAGUAACGUGGCGAAACCUCACGCCGUGAACCUGGACGAGAGCGGGACCAUGAAGAUGAAGAAGCUGGGAGAAGCCGGAAAUGGAGGGGUGUGGUCAUUCGCAUUGCAGCUUCAAACCGGCGACACGGUACCCGACCCGCACACCGUAAGGUGUUCUGAGUGGCUCCGCGAUCAGGAAGUCCCAGACCCCGCUAGGUUGCCGGGGUAUCACGCCCUGCCCGGACCCUACUCCUGCCCGUGCACUGCUGAACAAGCACACUACGAUAGCACGUACAAAGACUUUCGGCCGGUCCCUUGGAGAACGGAGAGAAGGUGUGUGGACAGCAGGAGGAGGAUACAUUCUUUCGUGGACUCCAAACGCUACAAGCUGCGGCGUUCCUGCUGUUACAGCCACUCCUAUUGGCGGAGCGAGUGGAGAGGAGGGUGGUUCCGCUGGAGGAUCAUGGGAGGGAGCCUUCUGACUGGUCACCAGGGUGGACAUCUAUAUAUGGGCGAUACAAACACCGUCGAUGAAGAGGCGUACCAGCAGUGCUGUGUGAAGUCUGCAGGAGUACGUAACGGCUGGUACUGUGGCAGGUUCGCUCAGCUGCGACCCUUGUCUGCGCCUACAGCUCACGGAAACCCCUGCAAGAACUACCCAGUAAAUAUAGGAUGGAUCCGAGCCUGGGGAGACCCACACAUCACGACUCUGGACGGCACACAGUACACCUUUAACGGCCUGGGGGAGUACGUGCUACUGGACAUAGACAGUGGAGAGUACCAGUUGCAAGCCAGGACCUCCCAAGUACAAGAUAGUUUAGGAGCAACAGUGUUCUCGGCACUUGUCGUCCAACAGCGCAAUCACUCUGCAAUCCAGCUGGAACUUGUGGGGACUUCAGAUAUGCAACUGUACAUCAACAGGUCUGCGACAGAGAUGAGCCUCUUCGAGCUUGAAGAUUAUGAGCUGGACGUUGACGACAACACGGUCAUCACGAGGACGGGAAACAACUCCUUACUGCUUGUGUUUGUCAGUGGGAUAUCCGUGACAGUAACGGCUGAAAAGGGAAUGCUGUUCUUUGAGUUCACUCUGCCACCAGAGUUCUUGCAUAAGACCAGAGGCCUGCUGGGACGGUGGGACGGGGAUUAGUCCAACGACUUUGAGUCCUUCGAUGGGACUGUCCUACCGGCAGACGCUUCGGAAAGGGACGUCUACGAGUUCGGCAUCUCAUGGCAAGUUACAGAGGAGGACGGUCCGAAGACAUCCCUGUUCUACUACAAGCCCGGCGAGGGAGUGGAGACGUUCAGGAACGACUCGUUCCUGCCGAUAUUUACAGAUGAGGUCAUCUUCAGCGACCCAGACCUGCAGGAAAGGGCCCUGGCUGUCUGCGGUAACGUCACUUCCUGUCUCUAUGACGUCAGCAUGACGAAUGACAUCGAAGUAGGAGAGGUGUCGGUUAGGAUCAGCGACAGCCACAGAGAGGCGGUAGAAAGUAGAGACAAGUUUCCUCCAAGUAUAGAAGGUCCGGAAUCUCUCCACUUGACGAUUGGGGAACUCCUUCGGGUGACCUUGACAGCAAAUGACUCCAGAGGCCUCAACACAACACUUGACCUUGAAGGAGCACCUGCGG